UGCAAGGGUAUUUGGGAAGGAUAAAUGAAAUUUAAUUUUUUAUUAUUUCUAGAUGUGGUUUUUUGCCAGAUUUUUACAAUUUUAUAAAUUAUAUUUCUACGAUCAGUUUUUUUUGCCUAGCAGAAAUAACCAUUGUGCGCAGCGGAUCCAAGCAACGAGUUGUGUCAGUUUGUUCUAUUGUUUUGUUUCCAAACCGAUCAUAGCACACAUGAUAGCAAGUAAAGUAAAUGGUUUGUGACAAUGCGUUUUGCGACAUGUCGACGAUGGUACAGUGUUGCCUCGGAACAGGAUAUUCUUCCCCGCAGCACCAUACGCCGGCUGAAAGCGACUCCUGCAGACACACCGGAACAAUCAAAACCGGCCAACGAUGGACCACGAAUGAAUGAGAUGAACAUACAAAUGCUUUCCCAAUCAUUGUACCGGCAAAUUUUUGGUUCAAACGCACAGAAAAGUAUCUCGGAGCGUGUUGUUGAUCCGGUAGUAGUGAAAUCGCUUCAGGACGAUCUACUACGUCAUGGGAUCGAUGCGUCGAAACCAGUGCUACUGCCAGAUGUGGAGCUGAAGCUACCCACAUUAAUGGGUGCUAACAUAGAGGAACAUUUCUACGCAAUUGCCGAAGAGCAAAGUGCACCGUAUAGAAGUGCUGUGGAACAACUGCCAUUGGAAACUCCUACCUUGCCAAGCGUCUGGUCAAGGAUACCGGGUUGGACACGUUAUGAUGCGGUAACGGGCAAACCGACUUCCAUUCCCUUUCCGAACGAUGUAGCGCUCGUGUUCGAUGUGGAAGUUUGUGUACAGGCUGGUCCCUUACCGAUAAUGGCUACGGCAACCGGUACGGAAGGAUGUUGGUAUUCUUGGACCAGUCCUUUGCUGGUGAAAGACGGUAGUUUGGGUAACGUGGAGAGCAGCAAUAAUUAUCAACUUUCCGAUUUGAUUCCGCUCGAGAGUAACUCGAACGGUGAACGGUUGUGUAAUCGGGCACGCGUUAUUAUCGGCCACAAUGCUUCGUACGAUCGUGCACGUGUGCGUGAGCAAUACCAGCUACAAACGACGGGCUUACGGUUUCUGGACACGAUGUCCCUGCACGUGUGUGUAAGCGGUAUUACCAGCUAUCAACGGGCAAUGUUGAAAUCUAGCAAGCGGCUACCGGUGGAGGAUAGCAGCUGGAGCGAACAAAGCUCACUCAACAAUCUUGCAGACGUGUACGCACUGUACUGUGACGGUAAGCAGCUUACCAAAACGAAACGUGACACGUUCGUUGAAGGCACACUGGAGGAUGUGCGGGCUGACUAUGACAAUCUUAUGAGCUACUGUGCAGAAGAUGUACGAGCGACUCACGCCGUACUGCAACGAUUGUGGCCACUCUUUCGGGCGCGCUUUCCCCAUCCGGCGACACUGGCCGGUAUGCUAGAGAUGGGUAGUGCAUAUUUACCGGUCAAUGCGAAUUGGAUGCGUUACCUUACCGAGGCGGAUCUUGCCUUUGAAGAUUUGGAUCUGGAGGCGAAACACCAGCUAGCGGAAAGGGCUGAUGCUGCGUGUGCGUUACUCCACGGCGAAGCGUACCGGCGGGACUUGUGGCUGUGGGAUCAGGACUGGAGUGUGCAGCAGCUGAAACUGAAAGCUGUCAAACCGGGCAAGAAAAAAGCAUCAACCGUUUCGGAUCCGCUACCAGCGCCUGGAGCGGAUAAUGAUGAAGCGUCCCGGUUGGCGAAUAAGUUUGCCUAUCUGUAUGAAACGGCUAGCCGACUGCCAGUACGUCGUCCAUUGUUACCGGGCUACCCGGAAUGGUACCGUAAACUUUGCUCCAAACCGACCACUGCUGACUGGUGUCCUGGGCCGUCCGGUAAGCUUGGUACCGGUAUGCAGAUUGCACCAAAGUUGCUUUCGCUCUGCUGGGAAGGUUAUCCAUUGCAUUACAUCCGUGAACAUGGAUGGGGUUUUUUGGUACCGUACAAAUGCAAACGGGACGAAGAAUGUUUUGAGGCAGCGUUACCACUAGAGCAACUGAUUGCCGCAUGUCCGGUUGUGGAGAUUAAACGUCCCGGUGCGUCACCUGCGGAAAGUGGUGAAGCAUUGUAUCAUCUUGCGAAAACCGUUGAGCAGACGAUUAGUCGAAAGGAUUACUAUCGGUUACGGAAGAAUGCUUCUGGUGGCGUUAAACAUCCUGCGUACAAUGGGACCGGUGUUUGGUGUAAUGUAGAGCUGGAAGGGUGUUGCUACUUUCUGCAACUUCCGCACAAGGAUGGGACCGGGCAUCGGGUCGGUAAUCCACUGUCGAAAGAUUUUCUCGCCAAGUUCUCGGAGAAUGUGCUGGCCGGUGAUGGACGGGCAGCGGAACGAGUGGUGGAAAUAGCGCGUAUGCUGUCCUACUGGCGUAACAAUCGUGACCGGAUUCGGGGUCAGUUGGUUGUUUGGUGUGAUCGGGAUGGUACGGUGGGUGCCAUCAUACCGCAGGUGGUCGUCUGUGGGACACUAACACGCCGCGCAAUGGAACCGACCUGGAUGACGGCUAGUAACGCACAGCGGGAACGUGUCGGUUCGGAACUGCGCGCGAUGGUACAGGCACCGGCCGGCUAUCGAAUGGUCGGUGCGGAUGUCGAUAGCCAGGAGCUGUGGAUUGCAUCCGUGCUGGGUGAUGCGGGUACGGGCCUCCAUGGUGGAACACCAUUCGGAUGGAUGACACUGAGCGGUACGAAAGCAACACGCACGGAUAUGCACAGUGUGACGGCCCAGGCCGUCGGUAUAUCGCGUGAUCAUGCGAAGGUGUUAAACUACGCCCGAAUAUACGGUGCCGGUCAGCAGUUUGCCGAACGGCUGCUAAAACAGUUCAAUCCAACACUCACCGGUGCGGAAGCACGCUCGAAGGCGACGAAAAUGUUCACCCUUACCAAGGGCCGACGGACGUAUCAGCUGAGGGAAGCGUUUCGGGACCAAUACCCAUCGCAACCUGUCCGUUCGACGGCGUACGAAGCACUCGGACUAGCGAGAGUGUGCAAUAAAUCGGUUGGGGAACUAUUCGAAGGACCUCAUUGGUUAGGUGGCACGGAAAGUGCCAUGUUCAAUCGGUUAGAGGAAAUUGCUGGAAGUACCGAACCGGCCACACCGUUUCUAAGCUGCCGGCUAAGCAGAGCAUUAACACCUCAGCACGGUACGGAGGAUCGAUUCUUACCGACACGCAUUAACUGGGUCGUACAGAGUGGAGCCGUCGACUUUCUACACCUAAUGCUUGUCUGCAUGCGAUGGUUGAUGGGUGGCAGCAAUGCCGCCCAUUUACGCUUCUGUUUAAGUUUUCACGACGAAGUCCGAUAUUUAGUACCGGAAAGGUACGCACACCAUGCCGCACUAGCGCUACACGUUACGAAUCUGCUGACGCGAGCAUUCUGCGUACAUCGUGUUGGAUUUCGUGAUCUACCGCAGUCGGUAGCUUUCUUCUCGUCGGUUGAGGUUGAUCGGGUACUGCGCAAAGAGGCACAGCACGAUUGCCGAACGCCUUCAAACCCGCACGGAUUACGGAUUGGGUACUCCAUACCGGAUGGUGAAUCGCUGGACAUUUAUCAAACACUUGCUCGAUUAAAUCCAGCAGAGCGUGAUAUUAGUAGCUGGCCGUGGCAUCAGUCACAAAGUGCCAACAGUGAUAAACGGAGCAAAAAGCCAAAGAAACGGAUUUGAGGUACUAUACGAUCGCAACCCCGAACUCGAAUUGAAUGGCAAUUAAGUGCAAUGACUUGACUCCACCAAACGGAUUGAUUCCUAUCAACCGUGGGAAGCUGUAACAGCUGUAUUAAAGAGAUCCGCCUGAAAGUAUGAAUUUGUUGCAGGAAGGCAAGUUGCAUAUUUAUCUGGGCAAAGUGACAACGAGCAGCAUAUAAAAUAUUUAACAACUCUACAUGAUUGAUGCAUUGUACGAUUGCUCAAGCCGCGGCACCGCGUUAACGAGUAUUUGUUUUCUGCAUAAAUUCAAAUGCAAAUGGUAGAAGCAGAAAAGAUACUUUUUUUCU